GAAGCCUUGGGCUGGGAACAUGAUGGAUUUCACCCGCCCCCUCCUCUCUGAUAUAUUUGCAAAAUUUAUUGGAGGCCACAUUGUUCGCGGACGACAGCAAGUGUGUAUUUUAAUACGUUACGGAUGGCCGUGCUAAAAAAAGACCCGGCUAAUGUAUUGCUUAUUUUUUUUACCGAAGGGCAAUUUACAAUUGCAGUGAAAGCAAAAACCGAAGCUCAAAUCGUGGAUAAUUAUUGAUGCACGUUUAUAUAAUUAAGGGAUUUGUAGAAAAUAUGCGCCUGAUUUAUUUAAGUAGGUCAAUAGCAUGUCGGAUUUGGUUGAAAAAAGGCUGUUUCCAUGGCAGCAACACAAAUAAAUCAGUGGACAUAAUGCACUCCGAGUGCAAUGCGUCACGAUGGAUGAUCGGUCGCUCGUGCCAGUCUAUACAUACGUACACAUAUACACACGCACACACAAGCGAGCACACGUACAAUCAUUGCAUAAUUUUGCAUUUCAAAUGAACUCACUCUGAGCGGAGCGCUCGGUCUCCUAAUUAAUAAUCGACGGUCGUCCCUCAUGCGCACUAGCGCAGGAGGGGCAAGGUCAGGGCUGCAAGGGCAGCAACGGGGCUCCUUCUUUGGCGUGGGAGGAGGGGCAAGGCAGGGGCAAGGCCGGCGGAGCCAGGGGCGCCGAUUCAUCCACCGUACCCCCUCCCCCCUCCAGCGAUGGAGCGCGGCGCGCAGUGGCAGCGCCAACGCCCCGCUCCCGAGAAAACGGCGGAGCCGGCAGCGGCACCAUCAUCAUCCUCGUCGUCAUCGUCCUCCUCUUCAUCUUCGUCGUCGUCCUCGUCAUCGUCGUCCUCGUCCUCCUCGUCCUCCUCCUCAUCCUCCCUAUCCGGCAUCAAGAAAUACUGCGUCAACUGCCUGGAGGAAGCGACCGCCCUGCGUCUGCGCUGCGCCGAGUGCGCGGACAUGGAGCUCUGCCUCGAGUGCUUCAGCGCCGGAGCUGAGCUGGGCCCGCACCGCCGCUGGCACUCCUACCAGAUGGUCCUCCAACAGCCGGCGUGUGGCCCCGGCAGUGGCCGUGCGCCUGAGCUGCAGCAACUACCCAGGGCGACCCCCUGCGUCGCGGCGCUGGCCACGGCACCGGCAGCGUCGGCCGCGACCCCCGCUCCGACCCAGGUUCCAAUCUCGGUGGCUCCGACUCAGACGCAGGCUCCGACCCCGGCGGCUCCAACCCACGCGCCGAUGUCAGCGGCUUCGGCGGGGGCAGCCGCGCAGACGGCGCCGGAGUCGGCGGAGGAGACGCGACCGGACGAGCCGUUGACCCGGCAGCCCGGGGCGCCUGAGGACAUCCCGGCGGGACCUUCUGCCCCGUGGAGUAACUGCGAAGAGCAACUGCUGCUGGAGGCCGUGGAGCAGUAUGGCUUCGGUAACUGGGAGGACGUGGCGGCGCACGUGGGCUCCCGCACGGCGGCAGAGGCCACGGAGCACUACCUAGGUCGCUUCGUGUACGGUAACAUCGGGAGGGCGUGCAUCCCUGCCAUCAUCCCCAACAGAGUGACAGACCACACGUGCACGGAGCCCGGCUUGGGCAGCCCUCCACCGUCACCGUGUCUCCUCGAGCUCUCCCCGGCCGAGCGCCAGCAGCUGGGCUACCUGCCCCUGCGCGACGACUUCGAGGUGGAGCACGACCCCGAGGCGGAGGGCCUCAUCAGCGGCUUGGCCCUCAGCUACUCGGACGACGAGCUUGACCUGGAGCUGAAGCGCGCCUGUGUGGACAUGUACGUCCGCCGCGUGGAGGAGCGGCAGCGGCGCAAGCAGAUCGUGCGCGAGUACAACCUCAUCGCGGGCUUCCUGGGCAAGGAGCGCGACCGCGGCCCCAAGGGGCGGCCGCCCUCCAAGGAGGAGACGGAGCUGCGCGGGAGAAUGCAGCCCUUCUGCCGCUUCCUGCCGGCGCACAAGCUCGACGAGAUGAUGGAGAGCGGCAGCCGCGAGCGCGGCUUGCGGCUGCGCGUGCGCGAGCUGCAGAGGUACCGCUGCGACGGCAUCACCCGUCUCGAGGAGUCGGCCGAGUACGAGGCGGCCAAGCACCGGAGGGAGAAGCGCAAGGCGGGGAGGCCCCCCACGCCGACCACGAGGCAGAGCGGGCGGCCCCCCACGCCCAACACACGCCUCGGUGCCCUCGCGCUCAGGAACAAGGAGCAGCCCGACGGCGACGUGCCCACCCUGGAGAGCCUCCCAGGCUUCCAGGAGCUGUCGGAGCAGGAGCGCUUGCUGUGCGGCUCCCUCGGGCUGAGCCCCACGCGCUACGUCACCAUCAAGGCCAUCCUCAUCCGCGACUACCUCCAGAAGCGGCAGGGUAUCCCCUCCAAGCCACGCCUGCCCCCCUACCUCGACAAGUCGCACAAGAAGCGCAUCCUCAGCUUCCUAACCAAGAGUGGCUGGAUUGCCCGAGAGGCGCAAUAGAGGAUGAAGCCUCUACGGCACCUCCCGAUUAGCACGGUUGGCUAUGUACGGUGCGAAAGAAGUUCCACAUACAUACAAGCCCUGUCCCCUGAGUUUACACUUGGAAGAGCGAGCAUGUUUAAAAAUGCCAAAAAAAAUAAAACGCAGUAUUAUAAUAAUCUAGCUGAAUAUUAAGAUGCUUAAUUUAUUCUGAAUGAAAUGCUGUGGUUAAUAAAUAAGCACCCAAGAGUAUUGAGACUUUGUGAAGUCUCUGUCAAUAAUUAUAAUUGAGCACCUUAGCUCAAGGUGUUUCACAGAGUAAAAAAAACCCAUAAAAAUAGUGAUUUAAAUGGCAGGAAAGUCCAAGGGCCGAGGAAUGAGUGACCGUAACAGAGGGCACAUGGGGGUUAUGAAAUGGUAGGGGAGGGACGGAAAGGAGUGGAGGGGCGAGGGGAGGAAAGAAGAAGAAUGGGCAAUGGAGAAGAGGUGAGCUUUAAGAGAGGAACAAAAGGAGGUUAAGGUGGAGGCCUGCUUAAUAUAGAGGGGAAGUUUAUUCGAGUGGAGGGGUGCAAGGAGGGAGAUACAUCAUUUUGUUAUACUUGCUUUACAUGAUCAUACAAUAACAGUAAUGUUCAGCCCUUCAUCAAUCCGCUCCUGAAUGAAGGCCUCCAUAUGCCAUUUUAGUCAUGGGGGUUGUUUGAUCACACUUCACUCUGCUGGUGUUGUGAAGUGUGGUCAGUGAUGAAAACAACUAGGAUCAAUAUUUCUCAACAGUCCUUCACUAAUAUUCCCUAAGUCCUAUUCAAUGCAUUAUCCAAAACAUUGUCUUGCUUAAUUGUUGAUGUCACUUAAAUUGUCAUGGUGUUUUUGCUAAUAAUUUGCCAAUGUCUAGACACGUUAUUCUUCCAAGCCUUGACUUGGGUUUUAUACCGUACACAUUAUAUUGUAAGUGAAUGUGUGACACAUUAACGGACUGUAAAAGUAUUUCCUCUCGUGUCUUUAUAAACUUGUAUUAUUAAUGUGUGCCAGAGAUAUUGGAGAAGGGCCAUGAGAAAUGAUUACAGAAGUUGCAAGUAGUUGUAGAACUAUUGAGUGCAGCUGCACAGGGGCCCGCAGGCAAGAGGGUCCCCAGUUACUGGGUUAUGUAGAGGAUGGAAAUGAACCCUCUCCCAUUCCGAUGACGUACAUGUACAAUCAUCAGUUUUACUUCCGAUUCCCGAAGUAAAAUGCCAUGCGGAAGGGGGUGUGGCACAGUUUGGUACCAGCUAUCAUAAAAUGCGUUUGUGUCACUGUAGUUCUCUGUGGUGAGUACAAUAUCUUAAAAAAAAAACAAUGGCGCUACGCCUCUAAAUAAAAUGAACGCUGAACUGCUUGGACGUUCCGUGAUUCGGUGGAGAACGGGACACCCAUCCUGCAAAUUGCAGACGUCUUUGAAUGGGAAAGGGUUUAACAGGGGCCUCCAUUUUAUACCUUGCUCCAGGGCCCAUGCCAAUCAUGCUACGCCUUUGCAAGCAAAAGUGCAUCAGGGCUGGAGGAAGCGAUUUGAGUGCCACUCAUGAGUGACCUGCUCACUUCUUGAACCCACCCCUUCACGUGCUGUGAUUUAAGCUUAAGUACUGUGUAUCGAAAUUGUGAAUUGUGGCCAUAACAAUCAUCAAUGUGCGUGAUUGAUGUGUGGCAUAUAUAGAGACUCAAAGAUGCACUUUUUUUUGGAAACUUACAAAGUAGGUUAUUUUACACGAACUGCCUGUGUUUAUUGCACUGUAAUGCAUCGUUCAUGUUUGACUUGAUGACAGCACAUAAAUGUUUUAACAACGAA